AAGCAAGAAUCCAUUUGAUUUCUAUCAUUCGUAGUAUAUUCUUUAAUCGUGUAACUACAUCAAGUGUUUUUAAUUUUUUACUACAUUUUGAGCAAAACAUAAUCAAAGCAUUUGAAUCAUACGCUUGCGCUGGUCAUAGAAUUAAUUUGAUGUAUUUAUCCAUCGUAAAUUAAUGGGAGAUUAUAAAAAAAAUUGUGAUUACUAUAAAAAAACAUUCUAAUUUUGAUUUUUUACGUGCCGGGAAUCAAUCAUUUUUACACGAAUAUUUUUAAAAGUUUCGUGUUAUUCUGAACAAUCCAUUUUCACGUCAGUUGAUCAUGGAUAAAUCAUACAAAGAUGAAUACGAUCCCGAGGAAGUUCGGGUUAAUAAAUCUACCGUAACUAACACUCCCAAUCUGAAGGGAGAUUGGUUAAAUUUCUACUUGUUGUUAUUCCUUUACAUCUUGCAAGGAUUUCCUAUAGGCUUAUCCAGUACUUUUCCAAUAAUUUUACAGAGUAGAAAAAUGGUGACUUAUGAAGAACAGGCUUUAUUUAGUAUUGUGCUUUGGCCUUAUACAAUGAAGGUUUUAUUUGCUCCAUUAGUGGAUUCAUUAUACAUAAAACGGAUUGGUAGAAGAAAAUCGUGGUUAUUGCCUAUUCAAUUUUUAAUAGGGACAAUUUUGAUUUAUACAUCAAAGAAUAUCGAUAAUUGGUUACCCGAAACAGGCAAACCAAACCUUAGGAUGAUCAUAUGUGUGAUAUUCUCCAUCAAUGUUUUGUCUGCGAUUCAAGAUGUUGUUGUUGAUGCUUGGUCAUUAACUAUGAUGAAAAAAAAUAAUGUGGGUUAUGGUGCUACGUGCAAUUCAGUAGGAUUACCAAUUGGAAUGUUCAUCGCUUCAGUUGGCCCAAUUCUAUUAGUAUCCGAAGACAUUAACAAUAAAUAUUUUCGAGUUACACCUACUACGGGUGGUUUAAUGACACUACAAAGUUUUAUGUAUUUAUGGGGCAUUAUAUUUGUAUUGAUUACAAUAUUGAUUGGUAUAUUUAAAAAAGAGAAAUGUAAUAGUUUGGAAUUGGAUCACAAAAGGAUCAGCGUUUUCCAAAAUUAUAAACUGUUAUGGAACAUUUUAAAGAAGCCAGAAAUAAAAUUAUUAGCAAUCGCUUUGCUGACAGCUAGGUUUGGAUUUUCUGCAAUGGAAGCUCCGUCAAAUUUGAAAUUAAUCGAUGCUGGAGUAUCUAAAGAUGAUAUUAUGAUAAUAGUAACAGGCAUGUAUGCUAUGAAAUUUAUUAUGACAACUUUCCUAUCAAAACACAUAAGUGGUCCUAAAUGCAUGGAUUACUAUCUUACAAUGACACCAAUCAGAUUGUUUUGGAGUAUUACGUGCAUGGGAUUGGUUUAUUAUACUCCUAGUUUAAUUAACAAUAAUGGAGAUAUAAAAGUUCCUGUUUAUUAUUAUUGCUUAUUAGCAUUAAUUUUUGCAGUGAAUGAGUUGCUGAGUUUUUUCAUGUUAUUAGCAUUAUACGCUUUCUUUUGUCGACUAAGCGAUCCAUGUUUUGGCGGCACGUAUAUGGCGUUAUUUAAUACAUUAUACUUUCUGGGAUGGUUAAUACCAAAUACAUUGGUUCUACAAAUGAUUGAUUUUCUAACUUUUAGUACAUGUUCAAACGAUAUAAAAAACAACUGCCUUACUCCAGAUUUAAAAAAUGUAUGUGCCGCAAAUGGAGGAAGUUGUGGAGUGUACGUGGACGGCUACUAUAUAACAAUUUUCAUAUCUAUAGUCGUUGGAUCAAUAUGGUACUUUGUGUUUAGAAACAGACUUAAAAAUUAUCAACUAAUAAGAAUGAGAGUUUAAUGUGUUAUAAAUCAUUUGAAAGAAAUAGUGAAUAAAAUAUGAAUCAUUAA